CGCAACCCUGACGAGCCGAAUGACCAUUCGUCGUAAACGAACACUGUGCAGAUGAAAUUUUUAUUGCAAAUGGUGGUGACGGACACGAUCCUAUACUUGCGCACGGAUUUUUCACAUUCAAUUUUGCUUUAAAAUUUUCGUAAAUUUGUUGUGUGCGUUCGUUGCACAAUAAUAGAACUAAAUGUUUAUAAACAACAGCAAGUGUUUGUGAAUUAUAUAGAAAUUCGAACGCAUAAACGUUCAGAAACGCAUUAAAGGGAUUGUAAAGUGCUUACGAUUUUUUGAAUCGUAAAUUAACACAACAAUAACAAAAUGGCAGCUAACAACAAUCUGAACAUGCACAGUAUAUCUCCACAACACAUGUCCACUCUAAAUGCCGGGCUAAUGCCACAAUCGGUUAUUGCAUCUACAGGCAGUGUUAACCCUAUGAUCGGCAUGCCCACAAUGCCUCAACCAUCGAGUAGUGCACAAAGUGCUUGGGACCAAUUGACUGCUUCCUCAUCAUCGUCAAUCAAUACAAAUGUACUAAAUAGCGCCACACCAACAACAAAUAUCAUUACCGGUGGUGGUGGUGGUGGUGGUGGUGGAGGUGUAGUUGGUGGUGUUGGUGCUGUGAGCUUGGGCAUUGGCAACACAAACAACAUUGGAACCUUACAAAACAUGCCAUUAACAAAUAACAACAUAAUUAGUGGAACUGUUGGUAUGGCAAAUACCGCAAAUAGCGCAGUUGCUACGGCUGGUAUGACUAUAGGCAUUGAACCAAAUGGUCUUGGUAUUGGUAAUAUUUCUGGUGGUAGCUCGCCAGCGGCCAUUUGCACUUCCCCAUCGACACCAACCAAAUCGGGUGCUCCACCGCUAGAUGCUGUUAUGGCACACACGCCCACCCAGGGCGCACCGGCUAUGCAUAGUGCUGGGUAUGGUGAGGAAUUGACAGCAGAACUUGUUAAUCAGGGUUGGCGUAAAUUUUGGUCUAAACGUGAGAAUCGUCCUUAUUACUGGAAUAAAAUUACUGGCGAAUCAUUGUGGGAAAUGCCGGGAGCACGUCCAUUUGAUCCACUUACAGAUCCCUUGGGUAUUUGUCACAGUGGUACUCAACCGCCCAUAAACCCAGGUGGCGGUAUGCCACAUCAUGCGCAUCAUAUGCAACAUCCAAAUUUAAAGCGUCGCCCAUCGGACGAUAUGCAUCUGCAUCCACAUCAACAGCAUCCGCCAUUGAAAAAGUUUGUACUAACUGGUCCCUGGGACCUGGAGAUAUGCACCAAUGCUGUUAUAGUGGAGAGACCGCCUACGCUAUUACCACAACCGCAUCCGGAAAUUGAAGCUUUACGUGCCGCCUACACUGGGAAGCUGGUAAAGACUUAUGAAGAUCUCUGUAUGCGACGUGAAAACAUUAAAGCGCCAAAAGACUCAUUCAAUCGUUGGCUUAUGGAGCGUAAAGUAAUUGACAAUGGCUGCGAUCCGCUGCUACCGAGCAAUUGCAGUCCAGAGAUAUCACCAUCAAUGUAUAGGGAAAUAAUGGCGGAUAUACCGAUUAAAAUUGUCAAACCGAAGUUUACAGGCGAUGCACGCAAACAGCUUUCACGUUAUGCCGAAGCGGCUAAACAAAUUAUCGAAUCACGUUCUGCGCCAGCCGAAAGUAAAAAGGUCGUCAAAUGGAAUGUUGAAGAUACAUUCCAAUGGUUGCGACGCACCGUCGGUGCGAGUUAUGAAGAUUUUCAAGAUCGUUUGGCACACUUGAAGCGUCAAUGUGAGCCACAUCUUGUGAAGACCGUAAAAAGUUCCGUAGAAGCACUCUGUAUAAAAAUCUAUCAUCUAAGUGCUGAACAUGCACGUAAAAUACGUGAACGACACAUGUUACUGCUCAAAGAGCACGGCAUACCGGAGCCAACCCCACCACCACCACCACCGCACCUAAAGAAGGUGUGGUGUUAUCCUAUACAGUUUGCUGUGCCAUCACCACGUAUGCCAGCUAUCGAAUAUGUACAGGAUCGUGAUCACAUGAUUAUUAAGUAUACGCCCAGCACACUCAACCAACCGGAUGCGCAAUAUAUUAAUUUAACACAUUUACAAAAACUUGAACAAUUGUAUCGACACAAUUGUUUUGAUGAUAAGAAAUUCGAUUUAUUCAUUGGACGUGUUUGGUGUCUGCUUAAGCGCUACCAGACGUUUCUCGGCAAUGCGUUAAAUUCGUCACAGGAGGCAGAAAUGACACAGGCCUCGCUACCUGUGCCGGUAUUCGAAUGUUUACAUAGACAUUUUGGUGUGAGUUUUGAAUGUUUCGCAUCACCGUUCAAUUCAUACUUCCGGCAAUAUUGUUCUGCGUUCGCCGACACCGACGCGUAUUUCGGUUCACGGGGGCCGUUUCUUGAGUUCAAACCAGUGUCUGGCUCUUUCCAAGUUAAUCCACCACAUUGCGAGGAACUCAUUGACAGAGCUUUGUAUCAUAUAGAUAAAUUACUCACCGAUUCAAUGGAGCCACUGAGCUUCAUCAUAUUCUUGCCGGAAUGGAAGAGCAUUGCAAAGCUAGAGGAGAGCAUGUUUAAGCGUCGCUCUAUGGUAGUAUUGGGCAUGGCACAUGAGUAUCGGCACGGCUACCAACACAUUAUACCAAAAACCGAUGUAAAUGUAAAAUGUAUGCAGGGCACACAAGUUGUUUGGUUACAAAAUAGCGCCGGUCAAGCGCGCUGGGGUCCCAAUGAGAAUCGUGUCGAGGCAUUACGUGAAGCAUUCCGACCACAACGCGAUCGUGAGCGCGAACGUGCCGCCGCAGCUGCAGCCUCAACUGCAUCAUCACCGACCCAGUCGGCAACACAUCAAGCCAGCGCCUCUCAUAAUAUCGGUAAUAGUGGUAGUAGCAGUGGCAGCAGUACCCCCAGUAGCAGUAAUAGUCUUGGCAUCAACAACAAUAUCAAUACAAAUGCCAGCACUUCAGCGGCAUCAGCGUCGUUAGUUGGUAUGCCUACAUCUGCUUUAAAUGCCAAUAUAACUGGCAAUAUCAACAUUUCCGGCAGUAGCAAUAACAGCUUAGUUCAAUCGCCAACUGGUGCACCACUCUCACCACACACACCACCAAAUAUGGCUACAUCAUCGAGCGGUGGUUCGCCUGCCAUGAGCAAUCAAAGCGCGUGUUCGUCGCCUUCAUCCUCUUCCAUGUCACUAUCACCAGCUGCGUCAAGCGGCAUUGGUCUCUCUGAUGUUGUUGGCAGCACUUCGGUAUCGAUUACAGCUACAGCGACGACAACAGGUGGUGCAUUUGCGAGUCUUGUGGCAGCCUCGUCACCGGCUGGCAAUAUGGGUACGGGUGGCAGUGCUAUUAGCACUAAUGCCGGUCAUACUGUGAUCAAUUCCGCAGUUUAAAUGUGCACAGGAAGUGUCAUUUUAAGAAUUGGCUAAGAAAUUUACACGGAAGUGUAAAAAAAAACCGAUGGUAGAUAUUGUUUUUGAGUCUAAAAUCUGAUUAAGGGAUUCUAAAUAAUGUUUACAGUAUGGUAUAUUCGCCAAGUUUGCUCGUUUCAAUGCAUAAAGAUGUAUAGGUCGUCGACGCGCAUGCGACCGUUAAGCGCAUUGCAAUUUUAAUGUAGUCUAUUUAUUUAAGCGAAAUAGUGAAAUGUGUAUUUUAUAGGUAAUGAAAAAACGAUUAAGAAUUAUAGUGUUAGUUUGCAGCAAAAGUAAAGCGGAAGAAGAAAAGAAAAGAAAAAAAACAAAUAAUGCUAAAGAAUUUAAUUCUUUUUUAACACAACAAACACAAAUAUUUACACUAAUAAGUGCAUAUACUACACUAUUUCUAUAAAUUUUUAUAAUGUACAUACAUACAUACAAACAUACCCAAAA